AUGCCACGCACGUUUGAGGAAGAAUGUGAUUACAUCGAACGUCUUUCAUCAGUUAAGUUCCGGAUCAAAGAAGGGUUCGUGCCAAAUAUGAAGGUCGAGGGAAGGUUUUACGUCAAUAAAAACUUAGAAGGACUAAUGUUCAAAGAACUAAAGAACUCUGUUAAUUCGAACGGGUUCGGAGGAUUCCUACCUGCUGUCCGUCAAAUUGCAAACGUUGCGGCUCUUCCCGGUAUUGUUGGACAUUCUAUCGGUCUACCAGAUAUUCAUUCUGGUUAUGGGUUUGCAAUUGGUAACAUCGCAGCUUUUGAUACUUCGAAUCCAGAAGCUGUCAUUUCUCCUGGAGGAGUAGGAUUUGAUAUCAAUUGCGGUGUUCGAUUGAUUAGAACUAAUCUUUUUGAGAAAGACAUUGAACCAGUGAAGGAAUCAUUAACACAGUCACUGUAUAAUUAUAUUCCAGUCGGGGUUGGAUCUCAAGGAGCUAUACCGAUGUCAGCUAAUGAUCUCAUUGAAUGUUUGGAAAUGGGAAUGGAUUGGACUCUACGAGAGGGUUACUCUUGGGCUGAAGACAAGGAACAUUGUGAAGAAUACGGACGUAUGCUUCAAGCAGAUGCCUCUAAAGUGUCGACAAGAGCCAAGAAAAGAGGUCUCCCUCAGUUAGGCACAUUGGGUGCUGGAAAUCAUUACUGUGAAGUUCAAGUUGUUGAUGAAAUCUACGAUCGCCAUGCCGCCAGUCAGAUGGGAAUAGAUGAUGUUGGACAAGUCUGCGUUAUGCUACAUUGUGGAAGCAGAGGGUUAGGUCAUCAAGUUGCGACAGAUUCCCUGGUUGAAAUGGAAAAGGCGAUGGCUAGAGAUCAUUUGGUAUUUAAUGACAAACAGUUGGCGUGUGCUCCUAUUAAUUCCGAAGAAGGACAAAACUAUCUGAAAGGAAUGGCAGCAGCAGCCAAUUUCGCUUGGGUGAACCGUUCAUGUAUGACUUUCUGUAUUAGACAAGCAUUUCAACACACAUUCAAUUCAUCGCCCGAUGACUUAGAUAUGCAGGUAAUUUAUGAUGUUUCCCAUAAUGUUGCGAAAAUGGAAGAGCAUUACGUGAAUGGGCGUCCAGCUCAGUUAUGUGUGCAUCGCAAAGGAGCAACGAGAGCUUUCCCUCCUCACCAUCCUUUGAUUCCUGUGGACUAUCAGCUCACUGGCCAACCAGUUUUGAUUGGUGGAAGUAUGGGCACAUGCAGCUAUGUUUUGACAGGAACUGAACAGGGAAUGGUCGAAACAUUUGGAACAACUUGCCAUGGCGCUGGAAGAGCUUUAUCUCGCGCAGCCUCCAGAAGACUGAUCACAUGGAGUGAUGUUUUAGACGACCUCAAGAAAAAGAAUAUAUCUAUUCGAGUUGCUAGUCCAAAAUUAGUUAUGGAAGAGGCGCCAGACUCUUAUAAAAAUGUGACGGAUGUGGUAGACACUUGUCAUGAAGCUGGUAUAAGUAAGAAAGCAGUAAAACUUCGACCUAUUGCUGUUAUCAAGGGUUAA